CUUUCUGCUGUGCUCUCUCAUCACUCUUUUUUUUUUAAUGUAUAUAUAUAUUUUUUUUGGAUAUGGAAAUCAAAAAAACCAAGCACCAGCAACAGCAUUCAGAAGGAGGAGUUUUCACCACUACUUGCUAGCCUAACUAAGUCUGUUUACAUCCCAGCACUGCGUUUUUGACUAGACUUUGUUUCUUUCCCCUCCUUUUUAUCGUUUACUGUGUCAAUUUUUGGCUGUCAUCUCGUGUGGCAGCGUCUAAAGCCGGUCCCCUCCCCCGUUUUCUCUUUCACUCAUUCAGCUGUCAUUCUGCUUGUCACUUGCCUCAGUGGAGUUGACCACCCCUUUCUAUUCCUUCUAGGAUUUCAUAACAUGUAACGAUAUAGUCUUCUUGACUGACAACCCAAAAUGGACUUAUCAGGAGGGAUCGUGCGUCACGGGCCAGUGCCACAAUUUACUAAAAACUUGAAGUUUUAAGUUUUCUGAAUAUAUAUUUUAAAGUGAGUUGUAAUCAUGGGGAAUACACCUGGAAGCUUGGACAUCCAGCCAGGCAGAGAUGGUACACCGGGGUCUACAGGGCCCCACAAGCCGGCUGCAGGGGCCAAACUUCCCAUGCCACCUGAAGAGGAGCUGGAGGAGCGCUUCAAUGCACUUCUGAGUACUAUGAAUCUUCCUCCAGACAAGAUAAAGAUCCUGGACCAGUACGACAAUGAGAAGAAGUGGGACCUGAUCUGUGACCAUGAGAGAGUGCAAGUCAAGAAUCCUCCAUCCACAUAUUUGGACAAACUCAGGAGUUAUCUGGACCAUGGAGGGGUCAGUCGCAAGUUUAAACGUCGUGUUGCAGAGUCCACCCAGGUUCUGAGAGAGCUGGAGAUCUCUCUAAGGACAAACCACAUUGGUUGGGCUCAGGAGUUUCUGAAUGAGGAGAACCAGGGUUUGGAUGUGCUGGUGGACUAUCUGUCUUAUGCCCACAGUGCUGCUAUAAAUGAUUUAGAUACACCAGACAAUAGUGCGGUUGCAGCGGAGAAGUCAGUGGAAGAUCUGAGCAAAAGUGCCACCAACUCUCCCUCUCACAGUGCCUCCAAGCCCACCAAAGCCUUUACUGUCAGGAAAGCCCUGAGGACGUCCCGUGUGGUGAGCCAGAAGGACGACACGCACCUGUGCAUCAUGUGUUUACGCGCCAUCAUGAACUACCAGUCGGGCUUUAACCUGGUGAUGACUCACCCCCGCUGUGUCAAUGAGAUCACCCUGAGCCUCAACAACAAGAACCCCCGAACCAAAGCCCUGGUGCUGGAGCUGCUGGCGGCUGUCUGUCUGGUGAGAGGAGGACAUGACAUCAUCCUCUCAGCUUUUGACAACUUUAAAGAGGUUUGUGGAGAGAAAAGACGAUUCGAAAAGCUCAUGGAAUAUUUCUGCAAUGAAGACAACAACAUUGACUUCAUGGUGGCUUGUAUGCAGUUCAUCAACAUUGUGGUGCACUCUGUGGAGAACAUGAACUUCAGAGUACAUCUGCAGUAUGAAUUCACUCAGCACAGUCUAGACGACUUCCUGGAGUCAUUGAAGUUCACAGAGAGUGACCGGCUGCUGGUGCAGAUUCAGGCCUAUCUGGACAAUGUGUUUGAUGUGGCAGCUCUGCUGGAGGAUGCAGAGACCAAGAACGCUCUGCUGGAGCACAUGGAGGAGCUGCAGGAGCACAACACAGAGCUAAACACAAGGCUGCAAGAAAAUGAAAAGGAAGCUACAGAGAAAGUGUCAGAUCUUGAAAAGAAACUGAUACAAGCCACGAAAGAAGUGGAACUCCUGAAGGAAAGCCUCCGUGAGUCCUGUGCUCAGGUCAGCGCAUUGCAGCAGCGUGAAAAGGAGAAAGAGCUUGAAUGGGAGCGCGAGAGAGAGGCUGAGAGAGACAGGGACCAGUCCAAUCAGGCGCUGAAGGAUCUGGAGGUCAAAGUUCAAGCUCUGGCCGACCAGGGGCUCAUCAGGAUGGAGCGCUCCAAAUCAGGACAACUGGACAUUCAAGUGGUCCCAACAGUGCAACAGGUUAUACAAAAAGUUAAAGAUGAGCCAGAUGCUGGCAUUACGGCACAGCCAACACCUCCUCCUCCUCCACCACCGCCCCCGCCUCCCCCUGUUGCACCCACACCCCCCUCUGCCCCGCCUCCUCCUCCACCACCAGCAGCACCUCCUGCACCACAGAUGCCCCCUGCUGGAAGUUCACCGCUCACAGCCUUUAAGAAGAAGAGGACAAUCCAGACCAAAUACCGCAUGCCACUGUUCAACUGGCAGGCCCUCAAGUCCAACCAAGUGGCAGGCACGAUCUUUAAUGAGCUGGAUGACGAGAGUGUCUUAGAGGAGCUGAACAUGGCUGCCUUUGAAGAGCAGUUCAAGACCAAAGCUCAGGCUUCCCCUGCAGAGGUCGGCACCCUGAGGAUGAAACUGGCCCACAAGACUCCCAGUAAAGUGUGCCUAAUGGAGCCAAACCGGGCCAAAAACCUGGCCAUUACUUUACGAAAGGAGGGCAUGGCGGCAUCGGACAUUUGCUGCGCAAUAGAAACUUACAACCAGAAAGCCCUCAGUUUGGAUUUCCUGGAGUUAUUGGAGCGUUUCAUUCCCACUGAGUACGAGAUGAAGCUCAUUCAUAACUAUGAGUGCGAGGGCAGGCCCCUGGACGAGCUCAGUGAGGAGGACCGCUUCAUGGUGCGAUUCGGAAAAAUCCCCCGACUGGCACAGCGCAUCAGCACACUCACCUUUAUGGGCAAUUUCACAGACAGUGUCCAGCUCAUUCAGCCUCAAAUUGAUGCUAUAAUUGCUGCAUCUAUGUCAAUCAAAUCAUCAGCCAAACUCAAGAAAAUCCUAGAGAUCAUUUUAGCAUUUGGAAACUACAUGAACAGCAGUAAACGAGGGGCAGCAUAUGGCUUUAGACUGCAGAGCUUAGACCUGCUAUUAGAGACCAAAUCGACGGACCGUAGACAGACUCUGCUUCACUUCAUAGUCAACAUCAUUCAGGAGAAGUAUCCGGCACUUAACUCAUUUUAUACAGAACUACACUUCCUGGACAAAGCUGCUUUGGUUUCUUUGGACAGUAUCCUGCAGGACGUGCGGGCUCUGGAGCGGGGCAUGGAGGUGACCAAGAGGGAGUACUCAGUGGAACAGGACAACCCCGUCCUACAGGCCUUUGUCAAGAGUAACUCUGACCUCCUGGAUUCUAUUGUCGCCGAUGGAAAAAAGGCACAGGAUGUGUACGACUCAGCAGUGGAGUAUUUUGGAGAAAACCCCAAAACGAUGCCGCCUGCGAUGUUCUUUCCUCUUUUCGUACGCUUCAUCAAGGCAUACAAGCAAGCCGAGCAGGAGAAUGAACAGAGGAAGAGGAAAGUCAACACUGAACCUCCGCUAACCUCACCCAAACCUGACAUCAACAAGGUGACCUUGAUGCCAAAGCUCCCGCAGAUGGACCUGAUCGCAGAACUGAAGAAAAGGCAGACUACUCCUUUAGUGAGAGAGGGGAAGGAUGGAGCCAUCGAAGACAUCAUCACAGACCUCAGAAACCAGCCGUACAGGAGGGCGGAUGGGGGACGACGCAGCGCCAAGUGGAAACCAGGGCAACAGCUUCAAGUCUCUUCAGACAUCUCACUCUAACUACACUAUAUACAAGCUAUAUAUUCAAUCUUAUAUGCUACAGAAUACGCAAGACUGAACCAUACAGUAGUCUAGGUGGGACCCAGCAUUUCAAGUCUAGCAUGCCUCUUGCACGUUGUUGAAUGCAGAGGUGAAAAUGCAUGCACUUAACACUAUACUGAACAACAGCAUGACAGUCAAAUCUUGCCACAAUCUUUUCUGAGAGUGUUACUAUAGUUUUUCCACUAGCUUCUUUUUUUUUUUUUUUUUAGAAGCACUCAUGUUAUUAAAAUGAAUAUUGCGUUGUUAAUGACAGAGAAUGAUAAAUGAGUUAAUAAAGACAAUUAUGUAAAAUAGAAAAAGAUGUGAUUGCCAAGGUCCACUCUAAGAAAAAAGCCCUAUUUCUCUGAUGAAAAAUGAUUCUAUGAAUUAUCAGUUUCUGCUCUCAAAACCCUGAUCAUGCUGAAGAUUUGUAUGAUAUAAAUUAUUUUUAAUACUGAAGAGAUAGCUACUUUGCUUCUGCAUUUCAAGAAAUAAAUGUUUUAUACAGUUUUUGCUUUUGUCUGUGGCUUGUCACACUGCUGUAGCUUAAAGUUGUACUACGUAAUUUUUCUAGUGAAGUUCCGCCGUCUGCUUGUCUCCAUGGAAAUCUUAUUGAUUUGGAUUGAUUUAAAGGUUUUUUAAGCAAUACAGGAGAACAUUCCAGACUCAGCGAUAUAAUAUUAUAGUGUAUCCCAUAAACAGACACCACCGCCAAAAUGUACAAUACAAAAAAUAACAAAUAUUUUCCAAAGAAGUCUCUUGAGGCGUAUCCUCUUUAUUUAACAUGUUUAAACCACAAUGGCACAACUGCACAUUUUUUUUAAUAUGUGUUUUAUGGAAAAUAAUAAUCUCGGCUUUUUGGAAAACUAAGGCUCUGUUUUUUCUACCGUCUGUUUAUUUCAUUAUUUUUAUCAGUUGAUGACAGAUGUGAACCCCAUCAGUCUAAACCAGGGGUCUCAAACUUGCAGUCAGCGGCCCAAAUGUGGCACCUGAGGUUAUUUCUACUCGCCUGCAAGACAAUUUCUAAUUUCUUUUAAUAGAGGCCUGCCAAUAAAAGACAAUUUGAGCUACAUUUCCCAUAAUGUAUUGCUUCUUGUAGCAUCAAUUUGACCCUUUCCCUGCUGCAAGACAACAAACAGCAGCACAGAGUGAGAGGGGCAGACAGCACUUCUACACAGACUUUCAAACUUACUUUCAAACUAACCAAGGAAUGGACACAAAACAUGUGUUUUGUGAGAAUAGAAGCUUCAUAAACAGGCCCGAGUGACUGUCAAAGCCAGCGGAGCAGUCUCAUGAGCUAAGGCUACAGUAGCUGUGGAGAGAAGUAGUUUGGCACUGUAUUGUACAUCACAUGAGCAGUACUAUCUACUCAUUACUACUUUGUUGCCAAAGUGUCUUUGCAGAAGUGAAGACUGACCCUGGUGUUCUGUUUGAAAAUAUGUUUGAAUAUGUAUGAACUGAAAACAACACAGAGACACGUUAGGAUUUGGAAUUCUGCUUAAAACCUGUAAUAAAUCAUGAAUAUUAUUAAUUAGCAUAUUAUUUUCUUAACUCCAUGAAGGUCUCUGACUUAUGGAUGCCCAUUGCUAUCAGUAAAUAAAAAAUA